UUCUAGAUUGGUCAACAUAUAACAAAAGCUGUGAUCAUUUUUGUAAUAUCAGUCGUUCUUAGAAGCUUUUUGCUGCUUCUCUCGAGCCUUUGAGUAUUUACUCAGCGUUGUGAGAUCACCACAACACGGUAUUCCGAUGAAGCGUUUGGUAAGAUAUCCACAAGCGAUAUUUUUGAUGUAUAUUAUUGCCUUUGGUUUGUGUAUCGAUGUUGUUCGCUCCUGUAAUUGUGAUGUUGCCAAGCUAAAGGAACUAGGAGUAGAGGAUGGCCAUAUCCCGGAUCAGGCCAUGACUGCAUCUUCUACUCUUGAUGCCAGUCAUGGGCCAGGUCGAGGCAGACUCAAUCAGGGCCCAACUGGUUCCCAGGGCACCGCCUGGUGCGCUCAGGAAUCAAACACUGAUCAGUAUUUACAGGUGGAUCUCGCAUAUACGUCAAAAGUUACUCAUAUCGCGACCCAAGGAUUGAACGAUCCUUCUAAGGAUGUUAAUGGCCCUAACAUCACCAGCUGGGUUAAAGAAUAUACACUGCAGUAUAGCUCUGAUGGUGAAACUUACAACGGGUAUUAUUUCGAUAAAAAAUUAAAGAUAUUUGAUGGGAACAAAGACGCCGGGUCUGUAUCCUGCUGUGAGCUUCCGUACCCUUUAGUUGUGAGAUAUAUUCGGUUCAAACCUGUGUCGUGGGAGGAAAAGAUAUGCUUGAGAGUCGGUGUCUUUGGCAAAGGGAACGUAACUGCGCACACCAUAAUCACAAAAAGUGAAAUUGCGAUUCGACACUAUUGGUGGUGGCCUUUCCUCUGGGUUUUAAUAAUCAUGCUAUUUUUCCUUAUCUUCCUGGCUUGCUUUUUCUAUCGUCGAAUCCGGAAACAACCAGCUCUAAAACCAAGGCCAACUAGAACGGAAAAGAAUCCAUCUCUCUACACAAAUCCAUUUUCCCCACGGUCAAAGUCACAGAGAAACGGUACGUUGACCAUUGAAAUGGCAGACAUCAUGGAGACACAGGAGGAUGGCGCUUAUGAAGAGGCUGAGGACGAAGUACAAGAGGUUGUGGCCCACUUCACAGACGAUGGGUUUGACAACAAACAUGGCGUCACUCACUUUUCAGUGACUGACGAGGAUGAAGCGGAAUUACCGCCGAUCAUUCAAGACCAGGCGAAAAACGGUCCAAGCCGAGGAGCCUCACUGAGCUCUCAGAACCAGCCAAUCAGGGGGGCUUCAGUCAGUUCACAGAAUCGCCGCAAUACCGCGCAAUCCCAACAUCUGUACGAAGCCAUUGAAUAGAAAAUGGGUCACCUGAUCUCAUGAAAAUUUUUCAUGCCACCUUAUUAUAAUUCAGAGACUAUUUCAGCAUAAAAAGCGAUGCAAGAUGCUAAAAAUAACCAAUGAUAAAGAAAAAUAUCUGCAAGAGUUUUUUUAGAAUUUUAUCAAUCAGUCAAGUGAAUUGUUGUUGAAAUCAAAUCAGAAAAAAAGCUUUCUUACGUUGCUACGGUCGGGUCAGAUGUCAAGUACGACCAUAAGGUAUCAAAAUGAACUGAUAUUUUCAACUUUCUAUGGAACCUCGCUAGAUAAUUAAAAUACGGCGUAUAAAGUCCUUUGAAAUUAUCAGGACUCUAAUAGAGUGUAAAGCAUGCUUAGACAAUUUUAUUGCUUUUCUUUGAACUGACCUUGAGGAAAACCCUUCUAAAUGUUGUCGAAAUGCAGGAAAAACUUAAAAAAACAUGAAGCCGAGUUCAUGGCUCGACCCGAAGGCAUUCGGGCUAAAAAUAAAGUAAUACUUGAAAUUCCCACUGUAAAAUAGAUCCGUAAAAUUGUAGAGAAUUCUGAAGGAGAAAGAGAUUACAACUGGCCGGAGGAGGGGUAGAGGAGUUUUGAAUAUUCUCCAGACGACAACUAAUCGCCGCAAUGUUGUUAAUUUAUAGGAAUGCUACCAAGAGAGACUGUAAGUGAUCGGUGUUUAAGUAAAAUAAUGAGCUACGAGUCGCUGUGUGUUAGAAAUAGAAGAAGAAUAUGCUUGACAGUGAAUAAGAUUUUAUCACGCCAAUCAACUAUCUGAAAUAUAGCGUGAACUAUUGAGAGG